CACACUGCGGGACGCUUCGCCAUCUUAAAAUACAAAAUAGGAGACGCUUCGCCGGAAAACUCAUCAGUGCUAUUCAAUUCCAACAGGACACUUCAAUUUGCCUCGCCCCAUUUGUCACUGCGUCGUCAUGCAGCGCCACAAGGAACUGUACAAGGAGCAUUCGCUGGUGCUGAGUCCGCGUAAUCACUGCCAGGAGAACAGAGAUCGUCUGCAGGCGGCGCGCGCCAAAAACCGAGAGGAUCGCUUUCAUCAGAACCGCAUCAUCAGUGUGAGUCCCACGCCUGUCAAAAUGAAGCCACCGCUAGCGUCCCAAGAGGUUCUUCCCCAGGAGAACGUAGCCCCCCAUCAACACGGCCAGGAGCAGGAACAGCAGUCGCAAAACCAUGUAAAGAUGCCCGUGGAGCAAUCAAUCCCAAAAGCAGACCGCAAAGCGCUCUUUUUAAAGCGCUACAUGGAGUGGAAGACCUCCAGAAGCAAGGAUCACAAACAGCGGGAACAGAAGCGUCGGGGGGCAGACAAAAAUGCGCCGCUCGUCAAUCAAUCAAAGGCCUUUCCGAAAUCUAAAUCAUUUCGGGUUCCCGAAAACAUGGCUCCCAUCAAGCAGGAAGAUGCACCCGUUUUUCAGCCUCCCAAUCGCCACUCGCUCUACGUGAUUGUCAAUCCUUGCAAGGACAAGAGCAAAGUAUGCGAAGCAACGAAGCCAGCGACUGCGGCUCCUCCGGUAAACAAGUCGUGGCGACCAGCUCUUCGUGCAGAUAAAUCGGCAGCGUCUAUCCUUCAUAAACCUGCGGCUGUAGCUCCUCAAACUACCAAGCCCCUGGCUGCAAAUCCUGCAAUAAACAGUAAUCCAGUGGCUUUGGCCCGGCAGAAAGCAGCAACGCCAGCAACGAAACCCGUGCCAGCAACUCCAUUAACCACCAAUCCAGUGGCUUUGGCCAGGCAGAAGGCAUCUUUGCGUCCCCUACACAUUGCCUCCAGUAAUGGCAGGACGCAAUCUACCAGACUCAAUACUGCCCCUGCAAAUGAGCUCAAGAAGGUUACCACCAUACCCAGAUGCACGCCAGCGUCGCUGACCAAAGUGAAAGCAGCCCCGGUACGGCAACAGCCCGCUGUAAGCAGCACAAUGCCAAAGGUGACUACUGCUCCAAGACCGCCAAUAGGUCGUCAGGCAAACGUGGUGAAGCCCAAGCCCAUUCGUGGCGGUGGUGGUGCAGCGGCAAAGUUCAAGGCUUCCGGUGAAUUGGCCAACAAAGUCCCUUUCAGUCACACCAUGCGCAUGAAGGCUAACAAGCCGAAGGGUCAGUUUACAAAGCUCCAGGAGAUCACGCGGAAGAAUCCGCAAGUGAAGGCCGAGUUGCUGCAGGCAGCCACACUAGAGAUACCGCCUGUCACACCGCUGGACGAAGCCCAGGAUGAGAAUCCCUUCCACGCACAGGCCACAUCCACGCUGUGCAAGUCCAGCAGUGGCAGCGGCACUCUUCUGGAGGCUUUUGACGACAGCAUGAGUCCUGUGGCACCGGCCAAAAGCGAAGGCGACAGCACUGUCAAAAGGAUUUUGCUGCCAGCGGACAAGACUGAAAAAGUGCCAGUACCGGUGGCAAAGAGAAAAUUCGACUUUACGCGUUUCUCUGUGGUCAAUUCACCGGCGGAGGACUCUCUGAUCCUGCACCCAGAGCAGACGACCGUUAAGGGACCAGAUGCAGGAGAUGCCACCUUGGUGCCGUCAGAGGUGAAGACUCCGCCACGCCGCGAAUCCGACGGAAAGCCCAACUAUCUGAGCCCGUUCGUGAGCGUCUCGCGCGGAAAGGUGAACUCGCGAUGCGAGAAGGAGAAGCGCAAUAGCUUUUACCUGCCCGACGAGGAGUCGCCGUUGGAAGUGCGCCGGGCCAUCGAGUCCGUUCUGUAUUUCCGGCUGCAGCUGAAAAACGAGGUCGAGCGCCUCCAAGCCCUUUGCGUCGAGUGGGAGGCGUACAGCAAGGAGAACGAGGCACGGUUACAGGAAACGGGCGGCAUUGACAUGAUCAACGUGACCAUCGGCCAGACGCGCCUGCUGACCACCAAGAAGAUGAUGCAGUUCAGCGGCCUUAUCGAUCGCUGCGAGCAGGGUGCCACCGGCAAGAACCGAAGAUCGAACGAUGGCAGCGAGGAAACGAAACCAGUGCAGGCAGAGGAUCUGGAGGGCUGGUGGGACAUGUUGCGGCUGCAGAGCGAGAACGUGGACAAGCGCUUCGAUAACCUGAAACGUUGGAAGGCCAACGAUUGGCUCGAUCCGGAUGCAGUGGCAGUCGCUGAAGAAGCCGUGCAGCCGAAGCCAAAGCCCAAGAUGAUAAGUCGCAACAUGAAGAUCAAGGCAAAGGCCAAGCCCAGCAGCAAUCUGCAGCAGUUCCUUCGCAAAGCCCAUGCCAACAUGAAGAAGCCAAAGGUGGAGGAGCCUGCAAUGGACGAUGGUCUGCCCUCCACGUCCCCCCGACCCAGUUCGCCACGGGUGAUCGUUGUGCGCGACCGCAGGUCCUUCUCGCCCGCCCGCACCGUUCUCCGAAUGUCGACUGGCGAGGCACGUCCGUCCAUUGCCGGCAAUACGCUCCUGAAAACGGCCAUUCUAGCGGCUGCGGAGCAGAAUGCGGCCAAGACGCCGCCACCGAGACCGCGCACCUCCAUCCUUAAAACUCCGGGCACCGCCAAACGACAGAACCGUGGCGUCCUAUUCAGCGCCAAGAAGAGCGUACGUCGCUUCCAAUUCACCUUCGAGGAGGGCAACAUCAGCACCGACGAGGCAGUGGGCGCCGAUAAGCUGGAGGACUGCGAGGAGGACAUGUCGCUGGAGGCGUCCUCGGAGCGCCGAUCCCUGGAGCAGGACCCCGGAACGAGUCAGACCAGCGGCACAACCCCUCGGACCUACACCCUGCGCAACCGGCGGGUGGCUCUGCGUCCCUCGUCCGAGUUCAUGUAGAAUUGUUUAUAUGUUUAUUUUAUAGUUUAAUGUUUUAUUGCGGAAUGCCAUUAAGUGUUAAUUGUUUAAGAUGUUAAAAUGUAACAUUUGGCGUUUUUAUUUUGAGGAAAUUGAAUCAUAAAUUAUCUU